AUGCGGACCGACGCACUGAAACCAUCCCUUGAAGACCGGCGAAGAGGCGAGCUCGCGCUCAGCGAGUUUGCGGAAUACGCGGACAAGCAACAAUCGCUCCGCUCUGCGCAAUCCGGUGGCACUAAUGAAAAAUCUACUGUGCACGAGGAGCAUGCGGAGUUGGAGAUUCUCGAUCAGUUGGGACUUUCCGAUGACCCGAAGACUAUUAAGCUCAAAGACCUAUUACUCAGCUCGGACGACAAACCCGAUGAAGACGUCAAGGCCCUGGCUGAAAUAUUGCAGAGCCGCAUCGAUGAAGGUCAUGGAGAGACAAUCUUUGACCUGGGCGUUGAAGAUGGAGGAGAGACCAUGUCCCUGAGUCUUGACCAGUGGAACUCGGCCCUGCAGCGGCUGCGCGAGGCUGCGACAACCCUCGCCGCACAUUGCCGUAUCCUCUUAACCUACAAUGUCGGUGGUCCUGAGGAGUCAAAAGCUACGAAUGACCGGAUAAAGGGUUCUUGGGGUAAAAUCCUCAUCCGGCAGCCCGCGGAGACAGUGGAGGAAAUGGCAGAAAUAAGGAUGGCUGUGGUCGGUAACGUUGACGCCGGAAAGAGCACCAUGCUGGGUGUCCUCGUAAAAGGAGGCUUGGAUGACGGACGUGGUCGAGCUCGAGUGAAUCUUUUCCGCCACAAACACGAAAUUGAGAGUGGAAGGACCAGCUCCGUGGGCCUGGAGAUAAUGGGCUUUGAUGCCCAAGGAGAGAUCGUGAGCAGCUCGCAGGGACGCAAGCUUUCUUGGGAAGAGAUCGGGAAACGGUCCGCUAAGGUUAUCUCUUUCUCGGACCUCGCCGGGCACGAGCGUUACCUGCGAACGACCGUCUUUGGCAUGCUGAGCAGCAACCCCAACUACUGCCUGCUGAUGGUUGCAGCCAACAAUGGCCUGAUCGGUAUGAGCAAAGAGCACCUGGGUAUCGCCCUUGCUCUGAACGUUCCGGUCAUGGUCAUAAUAACCAAAAUUGAUAUCUGCCCUCCACAAAUUCUGCAGGAGACUAUCUCCCAGCUGACCAAGAUCCUGAAGUCGCCUGGGGCUCGGAAGAUUCCUAUCUUUGUCAAAGAUAUGGAAGAGACAAUUAACACUGCGACGCAGUUUGUCUCCCAGCGGAUAUGCCCCAUCUUUCAGGUUUCUAAUGUCACCGGGGAGAACCUGGAGCUUGUCCGAACGUUCUUGAAUAUUCUCCCCUACCGCGGGCAAUAUAAUCCCGACGCACCUUUUGAGUUUCUCAUCAACGACACUUUCUCCGUCCCUCAUGUUGGUACUGUCGUGUCUGGAGUAGCCAAGUCGGGGGUAAUCCACGCUGGCGAUUCUGUGCUGGUUGGACCUGACUCUCUAGGUCAGUUCACGACUACUACUAUCAAGUCCAUUGAGCGCAAGCGUAUCCAAGUGAACGCUUGUUUUGCCGGACAGUCUGGAUCCUUUGCGCUGAAGCGUGUGCGGCGGAAGGAAGUUCGGAAAGGCAUGGUUGUGCUCAAGAAAUUGGAUCAACAGCCUAAAGUCUACCGAGAGUUCAUUGCAGAGGUUCUCAUCCUGUCGCACGCAACCACAAUAAAACCUCGAUAUCAGGCAAUGCUCCAUGUCGGGGCAGUAAGCCAAACUUGCUCUGUCAUUGAUAUUGAUCGGCCUUAUAUCCGGACAGGUGACCGUGCCCUAGUCGCCUUCCGUUUCAUGCAGCGGCCUGAAUUCCUCGCUCCUGGUGAUCGAGUACUGUUCCGAGAGGGUAAGACCAAGGGACUAGGUAUUGUGAAGAGCGUCGGGUAUGAUCCGAACAACCCGUUGAACCCCGAAGCCAGGAAAGAGUAUGAGCGGAAAGAAAAGCGCUGA